AUGAUUAAUAUUUGUUGUUUUAUUUUUUAUUUUCUUUGUUGUUUUCUUCUUCCUCCUUUUAGAAUAAAAGUUCAUUUUCAUUAUCAAAUGAAUUUUUGGUAUUUAAUACUUUCAUCUACUCAUUGGAUUCCUCCUUAUAUGCCGUACUGUAUUAUUUGUUCUGAAUUAUUAUUUAACUUUAAUUGGAGUAUUUUAUUUCAACAACCACUUGGCUGUGUUAUGUGGUUAUUUAUUUAUGUCCUUAUUCAUGAAAUUGGACAUAUUAUAAUAUUGUUAUAUCAUGGGUAUCCUUUUGAAAUCAAACUUUCAUGUUAUUCAGUAUCUAUUCAUCAUAACUGUAAAGAUAGAGUCAUUUAUUCUUCAGGGAUUAUGUUUUUAUAUCUUUUCUUAAACAUUACAUCAAUAAUAUCAUCUAAUGACUAUAUAAUAAUUGGAUUAUUAUUAUGUUUAGUAGAUUCUCUUCCAUUAAAAUGGAUGGAUGGAUUUUAUUGUUAUUAA